UUCUGUUGCAAGCCCCUCACACUGUCCCCUCCCGCCGCCCCGGGCUCAGGGCAGUCAAGUUUUCAUUCUCCACCUUCUGCUCCUGCAGCUGCCCAGCUCACCCCCCCUCGGGUUGAGAGAAGACUGCCCACUUCUGGUGUUACCGGCUCGGAUUGCUGGAAACACCCAUAGGUGUUUCUUUUCCUUUUUAAAAAUUCCUGUUUCAGGGGAGGGGGUGUGGCGGGCAAGGAUGAGAAAGUCCUUUCCUCUGCUCUGUUUCUGGAGCAUCUAUUGUUGCUUUGCUGCGGGAAGCCCCUCAGCCCUUGAUUCCGAGGGACGGCUGGAAGAAGAGCUCCACAAAUCCAGGGAUGUGCAGACUGAGGCCAAACCCUCUGUGAACUUUAACCUCCGCACUUCUAAGGACCCAGAGCAUGAAGGAUGCUACCUCUCCCUGGGCCACAGCCAGCCCUUAGAAGACUGUGGUUUCAACAUGACAGCCAAAACCUUUUUCAUCAUUCAUGGAUGGACGAUGAGCGGCAUGCUUGAAAAUUGGCUGCACAAGCUCGUGUCAGCCCUGCAGACAAGAGAGAAGGAUGCCAACGUAGUGGUGGUCGACUGGCUCCCCUUAGCUCACCAGCUUUACACAGAUGCUGUCAAUAACACCAGGGUGGUGGGACGUAGCAUCGCAAAAAUGCUCGACUGGCUGCAGGGGAAGGAUGAUUUUUCUCUUAGGAAUGUUCACUUGAUCGGCUAUAGCCUGGGAGCGCACGUGGCUGGGUAUGCUGGCAACUUCGUGAAAGGAACAGUGGGCAGAAUCACAGGCUUGGAUCCUGCUGGGCCCAUGUUUGAAGGGGUGGACAUCCACAAGAGGCUGUCCCCUGACGAUGCAGACUUUGUGGAUGUGCUCCACACCUACACGCGCUCCUUUGGCUUGAGCAUCGGGAUUCAGAUGCCCAUUGGCCACAUCGACAUCUACCCCAAUGGAGGUGACUUCCAGCCAGGCUGUGGGCUCAACGAUGUCCUGGGUUCAAUCGCAUAUGGAACAAUCACAGAGGUGGUGAAAUGUGAACAUGAGCGGGCUGUGCACCUCUUUGUUGACUCCCUGGUGAAUCAGGACAAGCCGAGCUUCGCCUUCCAAUGCACCGAUUCCAACCGCUUCAAAAAGGGGAUCUGUCUCAGCUGCCGGAAGAACCGUUGUAACAGCAUUGGCUACAAUGCCAAGAAAAUGAGGAACAAGAGGAACAGCAAAAUGUAUCUAAAAACCCGGGCAGGCAUGCCUUUCAGAGUUUACCAUUAUCAGAUGAAAAUCCACGUCUUCAGUUACAAGAAUGUGGGAAAUAUCGAGCCAGCCUUUCAUGUCACCCUUUAUGGCACUAAUGCAGAUUCUCAGACUCUGCCUUUGGAAAUAGUGGAGCAGAUUGGGCUGAAUGCCACCAACACCUUCCUGGUCUACACCGAGGAAGACUUGGGAGACCUCCUAAAGAUCAAACUCACGUGGGAGGCGACAUCUCAGUCUUGGUACAACCUGUGGAAAGAGCUUCGCAGCUACUUGUCUCAACCCCACAGCCCUGAGCGGGAACUGAAUAUCAGGCGCAUCCGGGUCAAGUCUGGGGAAACCCAGCAGAAAUUGACAUUUUGUGCAGAAGACCCUGAGAAAACUAGCAUAUCCCCCGGCCAAGAGCUCUGGUUUCACAAGUGUCGGGAUGGCUGGAGAAUGAAAAACGAAACCAGUCCAGCUGCGGAGCUCCCCUGAGGGUUCCCCAGGAAGUCUGGCCAGCAAGGACUCCCGACCCCACCAUCCAAGCACAUGGAGGAAAGUUACUGCUGAGGACUCACCUGAAGGAAGAACGCCUCUUGGCCUUGACCCUGGAGCACCGGGAUGAACUUGCUCAUUGGGCUCAGACCUUUGUCUCUCACGGCGGGCUGGGACUUCUCACAGGAGGGACAGUGCACUGCUGUAGCUCCUGUUGCUGCUCUAGGAUAGCUCUAACUCCAGACCUUCAUGGAUGCCUCUGAGAGCACCGAGUCCAGAUUUGUGUGCACACAGCUGAAUGGCUUCUUAGUUGCUGCGUGAGCCUGUGCUUUGCCUGACAAGGAACGCUGGCUCUGAAGUGGCUCAGUGAAAGGCUGUCAGCUACUUAGCCUGACUUGAGCCUUAGUGAGAAGUUUUUCUGCUGGGAGCUGAUUCACGUCAGGGUGGCAGUCCUGCUACUUUGUCCACCCAGAGAGGGGAUGGUACACCUGGGCUGGAGCUGAGGCCCUCGCCAUUGGAGUUCUGAUGAGCUGCAUCGAUCGAUACUGGUUACCCCUUAGACAUUCUGUCCUGCUCCCCACCUCACUCUCUGAAACACUCAUCAUUGGCUUUCUUAUUUUUCCAUUGUUAGUGUUUUGAUUGAACAAGUGUUUAUUGAGCACUUAAUUAAUAUUAAUUAGUAUGUGGCAGUAGAUGCAUUACUAACCCUCUCCAUUCAGAACCUAGUGGGGUUGGGAUUUCUAGAAUCCCUUUCAGUUUAGAUGGUCCAUGAGUAUACAUGUGGCAAAAGGCAUGAGGGGCAUGGGGGAAAGACUUCAGGAUGUAAGAGUCGGAGACCCUGAGGUUUUAAGUGGUUUCUACCUAUUUCUUCUUAGUUAACACGUGCCAUUUCCCCCAAGAGUGACAUAUUUCAUCACUAGUAGAAUAGCAAGCAUAGUAUUAUAGGUGCUGGGGCCAGAAAAUGGUGGCCAAUUGCUGGAUAUGAUUUCUUUGGAGCAAAAUCUCCUCUACUUAGGGAAAUAGAAGUAUUACAUGCACAUUUUAUACAUAUCUGUUCAUAUGGAAACCGGCACUUGUCAAACACAGCUGGCUCUAAGAUUUACUACAAUGAUUUUUCCUCAAAAUAUCUUGCUCUAGUACCACUUUCUUAUACAUGAUAUCUGAGAAACCCUUUUAUACUUUUCAAAAGAUUUGCAUAUGCAUCACCUAGUUGGAGCGAGUUGAGCAGGGCAGCUGUUAUUAUCCCUAUUUUACAAAACUGAGGCUUAGUGAGGUUCAGCCACAUGCCUAGAGUUAUAUACCAAGUUGAUGGUAAAGCCAGGCUGAGGACCCAGUUUCUGUGGAGGCAAAGUCCAUGGUAUACUCAUCUCUGAAACUUCAAGAAGGUAUCUAUAGCCAUUUCCCAGCAAUAUGCCCCAGAUGUGACAAACUAGGACUUUUUUUCAGAGCCAUCCAUAAAAUCCUAAACCCUUUUAUUAAUAUAUAACCAGGAGAACACCUGUGCCAAGGGGUUGGGCUUUUUAUGGGUGAGAUUUAUUUGGAAGGAAGUGUUAUAUCAGAUGGAGGAGGAACAGUGAUUUUCUUUGUACUUAGGUUUUUAAAGGAUAUUGGUUUAUCUGUAUUGCACCAAAGUUGUAUCACUGUUUAACGCCAAACUUCGGAAGACAUAAUCAGUCAUGUCUUCAAGGUAUGCUCUCAGUCCAGUGGUGUGCUCCUGUUGCUUCUGUGAUUGCUUUCUAGCCAGAAUGAAGCUUGUGUUUUGGGCUGUGCAUCCUGGAUCCUUUUGACUUCUGGUUUUAGUAAUGAAAGCUUUGGGAAUCGAAUCCUCAGUGGGUUGUGUAUUUAUACAUUUGGCUUGAAGCCUUAAUUGUAUAUAAUGUUGCUUUUUAAA